GCACUGAUGUAACCAUUUUAGACGUGGCAAGAUGGCGGACGGAGAAGAUAUAGCUGGAAAUCCUUCCUCUCACGAUUUAACAAUAACAGAAGACCAUAACUCCUCGGGCAAAGAUGUAUUAAAUACAAGGAAUGAGGAAGAAAAUGGAGAACCUUACAAAAAUGGUUUCGGGCUCACAGAAUAUUAUAGAUUUUGUCUUCAAUAUUAUCAUAAAGAAAAGCAAAUUAUAAAGCUAUCCUAUGACGAGAAGCUUCAGCUGACAGCAUAUUGGAAGCAAGUGACUAGUGGACGAUAUGACCCUGAAAAAUUUCCAGAUGUAGGCUACUUUGACGUUAUUGGAAAUGAUAGAAGGAGAGUGUGGGAAUCCUUAGGUGACAUGAGCAAGACAGAAGCAAUGGAAAACUUUUGUAUACUCAUAGAACAAUGUUCCCCGGAGCUCAAGCCUUGGAUGGAAGCACAGCAGAAAGAGGCAGAAGAGAUAAAAAGAAAAGUACAAGAAGAAGAAGAAAGAAAGAGGAAAGAAAUGGAAGAAGCAGCAGAAAGAGAACGACAAAUGUUAGCUGAGGAAGAAGCAAGGAGAAAAGCUGAAGAAGAAGAAGAAAGGAAAAAACUAGAAGAAAUCAAAAGACAGGAGGAACUCUUAAUACAGCAGCAAGAACAACAGCAACAACAACAGCAGCAGCAGCAAGAGCAACAGCAAGUUGAUGGGAUACAACAAAAGACUCCAUUAAAACAAGAAACUCUACAGGAGAAAGCUUCACCAUUGGUCAAUGGAGCACCUCGUAUCCUUCCAGCAUCACUUUGGACAAGGCCAAAAGUCAUGGAGUUUAUUCAACAUGUCAAGUCAGAUCCUAGUUCAGUGCUUGUAGUUGGUAGAGGAGAGACCAUGACAGUUAGGGUACCAACCCACGAUAGUGGUACUUGUCUGUUCUGGGAAUUUGCCACAGAAUACUAUGACCUCGGCUUUGGGGUCAGCUUUGAAUGGUCUCACCCAAACUCCAAAAACAUCACAGUAGCAGUCAAUGAAUCAGAUGAUGAUGAAUUUGCAGAAGAGGAAGACAAGCCAGCCGAAAACGAAGCCCAUAAACCACGGGUUGAUGAGAUUUUACCUGUCGUAAGAAGACCAUGCCAUGAAGAAGUCAUUGUAGGAAGCCAUAUGUACCCAGGACGAGGGGUAUAUUUGUUGAAAUUUGAUAAUUCGUACUCACUUUUUAGAUCAAAAACAUUAUAUUACAGAGUUUAUUAUACACGGUAAUGACAGACAUUAAGGGAUUUUUGGUUUACAAUUUGAACUACAGUAGUUACAAUUAAAACCAACAGCUAACAUUGUUAAAUGAAAUGUUAGCCAAGGCUGUGUCUACACUUAUCUGUGAAAGCCUGAAUUAUCACUAAAUGGAAUUAAUCAUUUGACUGACAGUAUAGCAAUAAUAGACAAAAAUAAUUAAUUUUUUCCCCUUUCCGGUAUUCUAAAAUUCGUGCAUUCUGAUUGGCUGUGCGAGCAGACCUUAUUUUCUAUCUCUGACCGCAGUUCGAUAUCAGGUUGUGAAGAUUAUGUCACCACAUGGGAUACCAGAUUGUUAAGCAACAAAACAAAUUGCAAAAUCGUGGAAAAGUAAUUGGGAAAAAAAUAAAUGAGUUAUUUACCAUCCAGCUACUCCCUCUGCCUUGAAAACGGGCCGAGGCCUAAGGGCUUCGGUCUACAUAUUCAAGACCUUCGGCACAGUUUUUCCCUUAAUCCGAACCACCUGGCUGGUAUAACCUCUACAUACCUUCUUACCCUUGAAUACCAUCUUUUAGAGUAGUUCCUAUACAAAAUUAUUCAAGCCUGAUUCAUUAUUGGUAGAAGCAAGCAUUGCUAUGAUUGUUUUACAGUCUCCUUAGUAAGAGGUCUUUAGUUUGGUCUCAAUGGACUCUGGCAUUUUAGUGCUUCUCUUUAGCCCUUGUAGUGUCUUAACUGUAUACAAAUGACACAGUUGUCCAUUUGCCACAUUUUAUCCGAUAUUAACCUGUAACUAUAAGUAGGAGGGUUGUAAACUUCUAACAAAGUCACCAAUUGAAAGAAAAUGGAACUUUCAAUGAUAUAUAAAAAAGAGAUGAUAAAUGAAAAAAGAAAUAGAGAAUGAAAGAAUGAAAGAAAAUUAAGGGUUGUAAUGGCAAAAAGAAUGCAUGGGAACUGGAAAAUGAUUCUAACCAGUUAUCAUCAUAAACAAUUGAGAACUAUGUAUCCGAAGGAGAUUUUUUUGGUUUGAUGCUUUUACAUGAAAAGAUCUGGUAAUUUUGGAUUUCAUCAAUUUUCAGCUGUUAUAUAUAAUUAGCUCAUUUAUAUUUUAUGAGUUGGCAACAGGACUUAAGAUAAUGGCCAAACAUUGGCCAAUAUCCGUCCAGAAUUGGAACUUGUCUGAUGAAUUUUUUUCCUUGCUGGACAUUUUGACGAGAAUGUUAUGCCAGGAACAAGGCAUAACAGAGUUAAAACUAAUUUGACCAGGCAUCAUGAUCAGCAAGUUAAUGACCGUUAUUUUAAGCCCUGGGCAGACUAGAGUAGGUAGCUUUUACUGUGGAUUAUGUUAUUAUUAAACAGAAAAAUGUAAUAAAGAAAUUUUAAAGACAA